AUGGCCUCCAAAGAACGACAACGCUGGCUCCCUCUCGAAUCCAACCCCGAGUCGUUCAACACGUGGUCCCACUCGGCCAGUACUCGUCCACUGCAGGACUGCUACGGACUGGACGCCGAGGUGUUGGGCUGGGUCAAGCAACCGGUCAAGGUGGAGUGGAGACUACCUUCAAUCUACAGUAGGGAUUACGCACUGAAAACCCACUGUACUGUCUCCCAGGCCGUGAUCCUCUUGUUCCCAUCACCGAAGCCUACGAAAAGGCCCGACUCGAGGAAGACGCUCGCAUCGAGGAAGACGGCGUAGAGUAUGUCGCCGACAUCGUCUACUUCAAGCAGACGAUUGCGAACGCAUGUGGGACAUUCGGCUUGCUGCACGCCUUGGCAAAUGCGGGCGUGCCACUUGGUUCGUUCUUGCCCGCCCUCGGUGUCCAAAUCUCGCCCCCACAUGACUGACAUCGACGAGGCUGGCGUUGACAUCCCCGACAGAACCAGGGUACUUGACAAAGCUGUGUGAGCAAUGCAAAGACAAGGUUCGUAGCGCUUGACGUGUUACUUCCGAGGUGAGGGGAAAACUGAUCAAUUCUCUCCCUAGUAUCCCAUCCGAAAUCUCAGACCCCACUUGAACGAGCCCAGCUCUUGACCGCGACCGACGAGCUCGAGCGGGUGCACACCGAAACUGCUUCGAGCGGUCAAACGGCUGCAAGUCCUUCCAGUAACCUGAUCCUGGUCUACAACAUCAUCUUACUAUUUCUCCCCACAACGAAUCUUCCACCACAGACCCCCGACCUCGACACUCAAGUCGAUCUGCAUUUCCGCACCUUUGUCGAACACAAGGGCAACCUCAUCGAACUCGACGGACGAAGGAACUCGCCUAUAAAUCGAGGCAAGAUCACCAUGAAUCUGCUACAGGUAUAUUUUCAAAACUUGUUUCGAUCAUAAGCAUAUAAGCUUUCUGCUGAAUAUCGUUGGUCUACUAUGCUGUGGUGACAGGACACCGCCGUGACGGUGAAGGAGAUCAUCGAGCUGUCAAACUCGCUCGAGUUCAGCCUCAUCUUGCUCAUCACCCUCAACCCGACACCGGAGGACUAA